UUGGAUAAUCCGUCUGUCUGGUUGUUGGAUUUGUAAAACGGAUACAUCUGCGAGAAUAGCUGUAGGGCGCCGUCCGGCAUGUCUUCUUGUUUACGGUGAGGUCGGAAUACUAUUUUGCGGUCCAGCUAAACGUUUCUGAAUAAACCAUCAUCCCAUCCCAGAGAUCAAAGAAAGAAGGACAGACGAGGAGAGAACGAGAAAGCAAGGGGAUGUUGACUUAUCCCUCUGACUUGCUCCCUCAGAUAGUUUGUCCAAUGGAUGAAGAUGCUAUUCCCUCAAACAGUUUCUGUAGUGCACCUCCCCACCGUGAACCUCCACCACCUUUCCUCCCCCUUUCCUCCAUCACUCCCAGCUGUGCCAAUGAUGGAAUAUCUGGACACAGAAAGAGUGGCCACAUUCAAGAGAUCAGCGCACAAACUCCUAAAAAGCAGAGGAAUACAGACAACGGAGUGGCUCACAAACCAUCCACAAGAAAUCUGUCCCUCACAAAGAGACAAGGGGAGAGUGCGAACAUGGUACAAGUGUCACAGGCCAACCUGUCAACAGUUGAAGGCACACGUGUACAUGAGAAACAAAAGGACGGAUUUGAUAUUAGUUUUGCAGCGGAGCGCCAAUAUAAUGAAAAGGACCAGAAAAGCCCACGGAAGAAACCAAAUGGCUCUGCUGCAGAAAAUGUAGUUGAGAAGUUUGCUGAUGAUACCACACAGAAUCAUGACACCACUAAAUCUGACAUGGAUAAAUGCGGCGAAUUUGCUGUUGGACACAAUGCAUCUGCCCCAAAGGGAUGGGUGAUCGGCCCCUUGUUUCAGUCAUUCAAGUCGAAGAUGGCCAGUUUCACGGAGAUAGUCAUGACUCCUGUUAAACUCUUCAGAGCUUAUAGUCCUCCACCAUCCUUUGACCAUCCAGACAACCUGGAUGAGUGUGAGCUACAGGCCGAUGGAACAUUUGAUGUUGAACACUCAGAGCCAAGUGAUAUGUUUCAUCCAGAAGCACAAAGUGAGAAUGCGAGUCGGGACGCUGAAGCUAAUCAGCAGAGGCUCAGUAAAGUAGAAGGUGCAAGAAACGCAAAAACUGUUGCUCUUAAAUAUUCAAAAAAACUAUCCUUUGAGGUGGAGUUGCCAACGCACAGCUCUGAACAUGCAGGGGAAUGUGAAAUGACUCGGAAGGAAAAAAACUCUCCUGAUUCUGUGCAUUUGCAACACAGUCCCUUACCCUGCAUUGAUUCUGAGGAAGUUUUAGAAUCUGUUGGGUCUGUUAUUAGUUCCUCCAUACUGUUACAGCCCUCUGUCAGUGUAAGUGCCUCACAUGAAACCAAGUUAAAGAUGUCCUGUGCUAAGGAGGACCAGAACGGCAAACUGAUUGUCCGGCUGAAACCACUGCCUAGGAAACGUUCAGGAACUAGAUCUAGAGUAAGGAAAAUUACCUCUAAGACUUUAACAUCUGAAGUCAAAAAGGAAGAGUCUGAGGUUAAUGAUGGGCAGGUUUCUCACAUGACUCCAGUCAAAUCAAACAAAGCAGACUCAAAUGAGAUUGACAAAAUGCUGUCAUUAUCUUCCUCAGUCUGUCAGCCUGACACCGACGGUCCUCAGCCGGAUGGUGAAGGUGAUGGCAGGAAAAUGGAAAGUCUGGUUCGCCAAAGCCACCAGAAAAACUUAAAUGACAAUGCUAUUAGACGAACACUUGAGCCUACUUUAGACACUCAACCGCUGGAGUGUCAGCUAAAUCCUUCAGCUGCCGGUCUUGGGAGAGCAAAGAGGGGUCUGAAACUGGACUGUCAUUCCCAAGACUUUGUGAAGAGGAAGAGAUUGACGGCAGAUAAAUGUACAAAGGAUACAAAAACACAAGAGUUACUAAAUGUGGCUUCAGAAAGUGGCAUAUUGAGACCACAAAGAAAGGAAGUUGUAUCGACAAAUACCAUUGUAGAUAAGGAAGAAACGCUGAAGCCUGCUCGAAAAAGACAGGCUGUUUCAACAGGAGCAAAUAAGAAAGGAAAAGGUGGACAAGAAAUGCUUGCUACGAUAAAUGAAACGGUGUUAAACGCACAGACCGAAAGUUCCACUGUUGUGAUGUUGGUUUGCUCCCUGGAUAAAAGCAGUGGUGUGUCAGAGAACAACCGAAAGGGCGGCAGCAGCAAGGUGAAGCAGCCCAGUGGUUCAUGCAAAAGAAUGAAGACCAGAACAGGUCUUGGUAAACCUGAUGUACACAUUGAUGGAUCAAACAGUGGGCAUCUGGAAACCACCGUGCCAAUUGCCUCUACAAAACAAGCUGACCAGGAACCGUUACCAGAAGUCCUUGUCCGUCCUGGCAUAAAGAAGCUCCAGAGCACAAGCGAGUACGGGAAUGUCAACACAAAACCACGAAAAAGGAAAUCGCCAAACCUAGCGAGUUCAACUCCACAAUCGAACAGCACUUUGGUUACUACCUCAUCAGCACUAUUAAUGGAGCCAUUUGAACUCUCGCUCGCAGAUUUGAAUACUUCCCAGCAAGUUCAAAAAGAGGAUGGCUCGAAAAAGGAACUGAAUCAGCCGUCAAAGAGACCCAAAAAGGGUUUCAGAAGAGCUGUUAAAUCAUCUGCGUCAGCUGGGAGUCAAGAGACAAAUCAAUCUUCCCAUAACCUUCAUUUGAUAACCAAAGAAAACCAGCCUAAAGAAGGCAAAGGUACAAACUCAAUGGACCGUGUGUAUUUUGAAAUGACACCUUUUGAAAGUAACCAGCAACCUGUUCCUUCACCCUCCCAACCUAAUGUAGCCUGUUUUGUUCUAUUGGAUAAUGAUGUUAAGCAUGCCCUCGAUGGGAAAGAAAAAAGUUCUGCUUACGUGGCAGAUGAGGUAUUUUCCACUGACGCCAGUACCCAAAUUAGUGUCUCUCAACUAAAGUCUAGUGUAAGAAGGGUUAACAUUAAGCCAAGGAGAUCAGAUAACCAAAGGAGAAAAUGCAGAAUUUUGCAUGGUAGGACACAUAAAGGUGAAGAGGUGACAAACUCCAUCACUAUGGACGAUGCAGACCUGGCUGCAGCAAGUUCACGCUCAGCAGGAAAUGGCUUGUCAAGACGCCUGUUGCGCAGCUACUCUUGCCCAGAGAUCCCCUGCUUUCGUCCCCAUGACACGCUUUGGAUUUCUUCUUUGCAUUUACCCAAUAACAGCAGGAUUCACACACCACACCAGCACCAGUCUUCCCACAAUCCUCCUGUCCAUCAUGCCCAUAAAUCCUUGGUGCGGGCUCGUCGACACACGGUCUCUAGUGUAGAAGUGGAGAGGGAGAUCGCCCCUCUCUGCCUUCGUAAGGAGGUGUAUCCAUCCAGAAGAUCUCUCCCGUAUGACAGAGCCACACAACACCUGUCUCCUAGUCUUGCACUUUCUCCCAGCGCUUCCCUCUCAGCUCUUGCAUCCUGUUUCCUCUCAAGCCCCCUGGCUUUCCUUUCUAAGAAAGUUGACAGCAGAGGAGCUGCUGCCAGCCCCAGCACUUUCACUCAUGUUUCCUCUCCCAGCUCCUCUUCCUCCAUAUACCCUCCAAUAUUCCUCCAAAGAACUGACUCCUGUAAUGCAGCGUUGGACUAUAGCAUUAGUGGGAGUCACUUGCAGUGUGAGAUUGAGAGAAGACAACAGAGUGAAGAGGAGGAUGAUGGCGAGGACACAAGCUCAUCCAGUCAGGAGUUUGAAGAUGUAGGAUUAAGAGAAGAAAAGGCUUUGUCUGAUUCAGAAAUCAAGGUGGUGCAAAAGCAUGAGGAACGAGGGAAGGUGUCGUCUAUUAGAAUUCGGAAAACUUUACCCAAACCUCAGAACAACCUGACACCCAUGGGCCUUCCCAAACCCGUCAGGCUGAAAAAGAAGGAGUUUAGUUUGGAAGAAAUUUACACCAAUAAGAAUUUCAGCAAACCCCCAGAAAGCCGGCUGGAGACCAUAUUCGAGGUGCCUCUCAAUCGCCGGAAUGGCUCAGAGUCCUGGUUUGGCCAGAGGCGUUUCAAACGAUUUUUGGAGUUCCUAGAUGCUGGCGAGGCCAGAAGACCAAAGAGGCCACUUGUUGGUGUUGGAAAGGCAGGUAUUUCAUCUUCCAGGACGAGACGAGGUGGCUUCCCUAAAGACGAGCCGUCCCUCAGCGUGCAGGAUGUGGACUCACUUCUCUGUGCCAAGCUCGAUCAGCUGAAUUUGUGGUUGAUACAUGAUCAGAAAGACAGUUGACAGAUGCCUCAAGGCGAUUGUUUGGCAGCCAUUAAAAGAACACUGCAAGAGAUCAUUUCCAAGUAAUGUAUUUCCACUAUAUAAUAAUGAAGAUUCACAUGGGAGUUUUCCAGCUCUUAUUAUGUUGGCACAAUCUGUGUAUGAUUGUUGUGCUGACAAGUUAUUAUUGAAGAAUUACAGUCUGUAGAAUUUGUAGCCUGGUGCUAUGAAGAACAAUACAUCCUAGCACCAGAAGUGUAUUGCUUCAUAGAAGUUGGCCAUAAACAUAGUGGUUAUUGUAAAUGCAUUCUACACAGUAAAUCACUUUUUAUGUCAUUACUGCACUCAAACAGCUGCCGUCCAUUUUUUUCCCCGGCUGCUUACCACCUGCGAUAAGUGAAACUGUCUAGAAACAAAAGAACAUCCUUGAUUUACGCACUUGUAAAGUAUCCUAACAUUUACAGUUAAUCUUCAGUUCUUGAAAUCUCAGUCUUACCCAGAGAGUUACAAAUCUGCACAACCUCCCUGGGUGAGUGACGAUGCCAUUUUGUUACAGUGACUGUUGUGCACUGUCACUAUUGAUUAAAGAUAGCAUUUUAUUACAUGAGUAGUCGUGACCUUGCAGCAUUAUUGUAAGUCAAUCCAUAAAGGCAGCUAUUUUUUCUUAAAUGCUGAAUAUAAUCUAAACAUGCCAGCAAGAGAUUCGUAUUCGCUGCAACCAAUUUUACAACCAAGUUUCUGUCCAUGAAUGAAUAUGUACAGUCAAGUGUGUCUGCAAGCAGCACGUGUUAAUCAUUUUACUCAACUCAGUACUCUAUUCAAUUAUUUGUGUUUAUAAAGUUAUGGCUUAAGUUUUUGUUAAUAUAAAUAUAACUUGGAAACAAUACGGCACUCCAAAGAGCAUUUCUAAUCAAGACUGGAGGUGUCCAGAUACCACUGGUGGUUGGCUUUUAAUUACCUGUGGUUCUCUCUGAAUUGUUUUGUGGUAUAUAUAUUUGUAUUGCAAAUGUAACUUCUUGAUAAACUGCCUAUGUAUGUAUUUUUCUUUUUGGCCACAUUUUUAUGAGGUUGCCUUAACUGUAAGAUGUUCUGUUUUAAAUAGGUGUUUUGUAGGCGUAUUUGUAAUCGUUGCCGGUUUCAUGAGGCCUGUCAAGAUCAUUCAAACAACUCUGAGCACAAAUGUUUUGUCAUUUUAUUAUGAAAUAGUUUCCUCUUUAUAUGUUUGUAUAAAAGUACAACAUAUUGAUACAUUUGACAUUAAUAAAGUUAAUACGGUAACAAUGCAAUAGUGCCAAAAUACGUUGGCAACAAGAGCAGGAUCUAGUUCUGAAGAUGCAUUGCCAUGAUCAGUCUUGCCAUUUUUUUUUUUCCAGUAGAGACACAAUCUUUGAUGUUGAUGUUGCUACUUUUUGGAUUUACAGGUAAUUUAUUAGCUUUUGUAAUAUCUGAAGUAUAUACAGUAUCUAAGAAUGAGUAUGUUAAAUUGUAAUGGCAUUUAAGGUGCAACAAUAUUAAGGAUUGGGUCAUUACUGAGGAAUGACAGUUCUAAUCUUUAAUAUAUAAUGUAUAGUGUCAUGUCUCAAACUAUAGUUAAUGCUGGAUUUUAUAUGGUUGUUUAGAUUUUAAAUGUUCAUAUAUUGUUAAAUAAAUAUUACAGCAUAUAAAAACAUGUAGAAGUUGUAACGUUUUGGAUACAGUUUUCUGGAGUGGUUGUACCUUGUGUAAAACUAUUAUAAAUGCUUAAGUAGAUAAGUGGAAGCAGGGACAGCAGUCAUUUUAUCAGCACAAGACUAAAGCAGUCUUUUUGUGUUUUGUGUAACAACCAUAUUCUUCACAUCUUUAUGGCUUUUAGUAGUUGAUAAGCAGCUUUGUACUGUCCACGGUUUGUCUCCAUAAACAUCCAAAAGUCUC